GGGAUCACGCUCACGGCACACACAUCCACAAACGCACGCUCGUUUUUCAAUAUUUGGGGUACACUUAUCGUGGGGUGUAGCUUUCAUUAUACUACUUCUAUUAUUUAUCAUGGGGGAACGGGGCCAUGAAUCUCCAAUGGACUUCCAAUAUGAUGGGACGGGGCCUAUUGAUCCUAGCUCUCCUUUUCGAAUGGCUACCCUUAACAAUAGUCUCACUCCUACAGCGCAGAAAAAGCGAAACCUCUCGUCAUUUCAAUUUGAUACGUCUAAACCCUUAACGCUCACGCCUCCGUCAUCACAAACUUUUCUCUUUCAAACAGCCUCAAGACCAGCCCCUCCUCUUUACAAAGGCGCGUCAUUCACUACCCCCCGUCAAACUGCAGAUGCUCCACGGAAACCGCUGUCUCCCACCUCUUGUGGUGCCACAGAAGGUAGUGAUAUGGGAACCCCCGAGACCCCGCAGGUUCCCCGUUCACCGACUAAAGGAUCUCCAACAAGGUCUUUAGCAUUAAUCUCGCCAAUCCGGAAGACCGGCCGUGGCGAGAUCAAACGCGUGGGUAACGACGGCUCAAUCAACAAGAUCCGUCGACGCCGUAUGAAUCAAAAAUUCGAGCGUAGGGACUGGUGGAUGAUAUCUGGGCCCGCUGGGUCUGCUAGCGAGGGCGAGGACCAAGGUGCUGAGGACGACGAGGAUGACAACGGUGACGAUGGACAGCAAAUGUACGAAGAUAUGAGUACUCCCCGACGGUGGGGAUCAAAAGCCAAGUCCGCCGCUACAAGAUGGGCCCAGACUCAUCGGGAAAUUCCGAUCAUCGCGUCACAGUACCUGCAGCUAUUCUUCAACCUUAGCAUGGUGCUUUUGCUACUGUACGCCGUUUUCUGUUUCUACCUUACCGUCCGCCGGGACGUGGAUCAGAAGGUUGAGGAGUAUUCUGCCGAGAUUGUCCAGGAGAUGAGUCAGUGCGCAAGGGAGUAUGUUGAGAAUCGCUGUGAUCCAGGUAUGCGUGUGCCGGCGAUGGAAAUUAGGUGCACCGCCUGGGAACGUUGCAUGAAUAGGGAUCCUACGCUGGUUGGCAGAGCCAGGGUUUCUGCGGAGACGUUUGCAGAGAUCAUUAAUAGUUUUAUUGAACCUAUUAGCUAUAAGACAAUGGUAAGCCCUCCUCUCUUCUGCAUUAUUCUCUUCUUUGGUGGUCUUGCUGUCUCGAAUAUGGCCUUCGGGUAUUUCAGAGCUAAAGCCCUUCACCAUCCUACGCCUUAUCUUGCCGCCACCGCUCCCAUGUUAGACCAUUGGGACCCUCACCAGCAGCUCCACGAACAAACCGGCUAUAAAAGUACUCCCGGAACGCCCAUGCCCACUACUCCAGCACGCGGAAUCAAAUAUAGAGAAUUGAGGACUCCGGGAACCGCGAGAAAGAGUCUGCAGUGGCGGUGAUGUGCAUUUGGGAUUGGGGUAGAUGAAAACGGGCUUAUGGAGGAUGUGUAUAUGGGAAAAGGGGGGUAGCUUGAUGUAAUUUAUGAAAUGGAGUUUUCGUUCAUGGGUUUGAAAUAUCUUUCUUUUUCCUUGUGCUCGAGGGUGAGGGGGAUAAUGGGCGAAGGUUAUACUCUAUUGUAGUCGGUUUCUGUAACCUUGGGACUGUAGUCUGUCCUGUCCAGCUUGCGUUUGUUCGGAACAUUAUGUCCUCCUUUUUCAAUGGGGUUUCUGGGGGCCGGGACUAGCACUCGGUAUUCGCAGAUGUAUCAAGACCAAUUCGCCCCCCUUUGGGUGCCGUAUGUUUUCAUGGGA